AUGGAUAAAGAUACGAAUAAUACGAUGAAACAAUGCUUAACAAAAAAAGAAAAUCCAAUAAAAUCAAACCUGAUGUCAUUACCUAAUGAAUUGUUAGAAUUUAUUUUAAUUUAUUUAUCAUCUUAUAAUAUGAUAGAAUCAUUCUAUGGUCUAAAUAAACGAUUAAAUUUUCUUAUCAAUCAAUUUUCAUGUAAAAUUGAUGUAACAAAAAAGAAAAAACAGUGGAUUAAAAAAUCUUUAUCAUUAAUUGAACCAUUAAUAACAAAUAUAAAAUUUAAUCAUUCACAAUUACAAAUAUUAUUUCCAACAAAAUCAACAAUACUUAAUCAAUAUCCUUAUCUUAAAUCAAUCAUAUGGAAUUAUCGAUUUGCUUCGAAUUCAAAUAAUCAUUUGUCAGAAUCAUAUUUAAAUAUCUUUAAAACAAAAUGUAAAUCAUUAAUUUUAAAUUUAGAUACUGAUGAUAUUAAUGAUGAUUAUAUGACUCUUAAUCAUAAUAUUGCAUUAUUAUUAUUAUUUCAAAAUGAUUCUAUUAUAGAAAAAUUAAUAUUAAAAGAUAUUAGUGAUUUAUCAAUAUUAUGGUUUUCAUUUAAACCAAGUGUAUUAAUAAUGAAUGAAUAUUUAAAAGAAUUAACAAUAAAAUUACAUUAUAUUCAUGAUUUAUUUAUAUUAAUUGAAUAUUUGCCAAAAUUAGAAUAUUUAAAUGUUGAAGUUUGUGAAUUAGAUAAAAAUGAUAAAUAUGAUUAUAAAAAUAUUCAAAAUAAAAAGAAUAAAUUAUCAUCAUCAUUAAAAUAUUUAAUUAUUAAUUCAUUAGAUUUUUCUUAUAAUCGUUUAUUGUUAUUUAUAGAACCAUUUCAAAAAUCUCUUCAAUAUUUAACAUUAAAUAUGUCAAUUGAUGAACAAAUUAAUGGAAAGAUUUUAGAAUCAACGAUUCUUUCACAAAUUCCAAAUUUGAAAGAAUUCAAAUUUAUUUUUCAAAUAUCAAGUUAUAAACAAAAUAUCGAUAUUAAUAAUGGUCUAGAUAAAUUAAUAUCAACAUUUCAUUCGACAUCAUAUUGGUCAAAUCAUCCAGUUAUGUGUUAUCAUGAUCGAAGUAUUCCUUGUUUUACUAUUGUUUCAUUACCAUGGAUAUUAAAAGAAAAAGACACAAUAACAGAUGAAAUUCUCUGUUAUCGUACAAAUCUAACAAUACCAUUACAAAUAAAUAAUAUAAAAUCAAUUUUUCUUGCUUCAACACCAAUAACAUUGAAAUUUUUGAAAUUUAUUAAAGAAACAUUUCCUAAAUUAAAUCAAAUGAUUAUAUCAUGGCAUACAUGUUCUGUAGAGCCUGAAAUAUUUCAAAGAAGAAAUCGAAUUAUAUUAAAUACAAUUAAAACAUUAAAAUAUUAUGGUUCUACAGAUGAUUUAGAAUAUAUUGAUUUUUUAUUAUUAACACCAAAUAUUCGAUGUUUAAUUGUCGAUGGUAUUACAAUUCAUGUUAUUAAUAGUUAUAUUCAUGAAAAUCAACAAAUUGCUUUGAUCUGUGAACAAAUUUCUGAUUUAAAUAUAUUCAGAGAAUAUGAAUACUGUGAUGAAGAUGAAACAAAAGAAACAUUUCCAAAUGCUUUAAUUACUUCAAAAGAGAUUUAA